GUUUCUCAGGCUGCAGCAGACUUGAAGCAAUUCUGCCUGCAGAAUGCACAACAUGAUCCCCUACUGACAGGAGUAUCAUCAAGUACAAAUCCAUUCAGACCCCAGAAAGUUUGUUCAUUUUUGUAA